UUCACCAAGAUGCCAGCAACAAUGGCUCUAGUUGUGCGGCAAAAUGCCGUCCACGUUUGCCAUUCCGGUUGGCCACCUAGCUGUUUUCCAGACUCUCGCAACAGGUCACCCACAAAGAGUCUCCUCAUGUAUCUUGUGUGUGGGCUGAACAAGUGUUAUCAAGUCCUGCUUCUCCCACCGCGUGUGCUUGAGAGUCCGCUGCUGAAACACGGAGCUCCUGGCGUGCGAGGACUCGAGUCUGAGACGGAAAGGUUAUCACUUGGAAGUUUAUUCGUUCAAACAACAAAAGCACUUUCUGCUUGUCUUUACAAUUGAACGAGGCCGUAAUCGAAUAUGGCAUUGUCUGUGCUGCUACUGUUGAGCGCAGUGGUCGCCUACAGCAUCUACAGGACCCUCACUCGCUUCAUAUCCAACCUAGCCGCCGCGAAGCGCACAGGCUUGCCUUACUAUGUUAUUCCAUGCAGCCCUUUCAACUGGACCGGGCAAGCAUUCAGGUUCAUCUACAUGCCCUUGUGGAAACUCUUUCCACGGAGACAUUGGGAAAAUGUCCAGGUGGUCUUGACAGCCGACUGGCACUACCGCGAGAAUCACAGGAUAUUUGAGAAACUAGGCGACUCGUUCAUAGUUAUAUCCCCAGGCCAAGUCAUUCUGUAUACCGAAAACGCCGAGGUCAUCCACCAGAUCACAUCAAAGCGCGAGCAGUUCCCCAAGCCCACCGAAUCCUACAAGCUCCUGUCGCAAUACGGCGAAAACGUGGUAACAACCGAGGGGGCAGAGUGGCGCAUGCAUCGCAAGAUCACCUCGGCCUCUUUCAACGAGAAGAACGCGGCACUUGUGUUCCACGAGUCGAUAAACCAGACACAAGGCUUAGUUUCUCAGUGGCUGGGUCCCGAUGACAAGGGAAACAAGACGAUCAAGACGAUUGAACAUGAUACAAUGGCUCUAAUGCUUCACAUCAUUGGCUAUAUUGGAUUCGGCUUGAAGCUGCUUUGGCCGGUCGAAGAAUUACCGCCUGACAUCGACCCAAAGUUGGUCAAAUACUCGACGCUUCACCCUCCAGCUGGGCAUACAAUGAAUUUCGUCGAUUCCUUGGCUAAGUCGUUGGAGAAUAUCAUCAUUCUGCUGAUUGUACCACGAUGGAUAUUGAACCGAUUGCCGUUCAAGAAGACGAAGGAGGCGGCUGAGGCGCAAAACAACUGCAUGGGGUUUAUGCACGAGUUCUUGCACGACAAAAUCGACGAUGUUAAUCAGGGAAACAAAGAGGUCGGCAUGGACAUAAUGGGACAACUGGUAAGGACGAGCUACGGCGAGAAAGCCAAGGGGGCCACGCUUACGGAUUCGGAAAUCAUCGGAAACGCAUUUGUCAUGUUGGUUGCUGGACACGAAACGACAGCCAACAUCAUGAACUUUACGUUACUCGAACUCGCAAACAACCCGCCAGUUCAACGUGCACUCCAAAAAGACCUGGACAAUCUCUUUGGCGAUACUGACCCGCAGAAGUGGGAUUAUGAGUCGUGUAUCAACCCCCUGAUGGCGUCACUGGUGGCAGCUUGCAUGAACGAAACACUCCGUAUCGUUCCCCCAGUCGUCGAUAUCCCGAAGCGUGUCACCCCAGGGCAGGACCAAGCCAUUGUUCGAGAUGGGGAAAAGGUUGUCAUUCCUCAAGACACGUUCAUCGGCCUCACAGUCGCAGCCGUGCAGCGCAACCCCCGUUAUUGGCCGUCGAAACCAAGCAAGAUCACGGGCGCCGAGAAUGACAUGGACGACUGGGUGCCCGAGCGCUGGUACCGCACCGAAGCCACGGCCAGCGACGGCGACUGCAUCGAGGGCGCGGACACUGAAGAUUUUGGCGGAUUCGCCGGCCCGGACACGAGUGCACAGCUCUUCCGGCCCGCGCAAGGCUCUUACAUUCCCUUUUCGGCCGGUGCGCGGUCUUGCUUAGGGCGGCGCAUAGCGCAGGUCGAGAUGGUUGCGGCCCUCAGUGUUAUAUUUCAGAAAUACAGUUUGGAGCUGGCGGUAGAUGAAUGGGCUAGCGACGACGAGGUGAAGCUCAUGAGCAGGGAGCAGAAGGCCAAGGUGUACAAGAAAGCGCAGGGCAAGUCGAGAGAGGAUAUCAAAUCUGCGACUAGUUUGCUUACGCUUAAGAUGCACGGGAGUAAGGUCAUCCCGGUGAGGUUAGUGAAGAGAGGGGAGGAGAGGUUUGUGAGUUGGUUGGAAUCAUAACGUGGGUCAUGCGGUUCUGGUUGAGCUGGGAUAGCCUGUGUGUUAUUGUGAGGGCAUUGGGUAUAGCGAAGAACAUGUAUACUCCUCUAUGGCAUACAUAGAAUCCGAGCAUACGUUGAGACAUUAAGAUCAGUCUACAAAUGACCACGGCCUGGAGACAUGCUGUGUGCAUAGCCGGGAAGAUGUGCG